AUGAAAAACACAUGGAACACAGUUAAAAUAUAUUUCCAAGAACUCACAGAAGUUAUUACUAUAAUUCUUAUGAUAAUAGUGGGUUUUUGUAUAAACGAUCAUUCUAACGAUGAAGAGACCGGAAAUUAUACAAGAGUGGUUGAUAGUUGUCAAACUAAUUGCACUUUUGCUGUUGAAAAUGAAAUGCAAUUAGUGCCGACGAAUUCUACAGUACUGAAAAAAACGCCAACGAUAGAAAAGUUAAAUAAUAUAUCAGAAUACAUAAGACGUUGUAGAGAUGAAAUAAAAAAAUGCGAGGAUGAGGAUAUUGUACGUUUAAUACAUCUAAGACAAAAACUCAAAUCACUAACUAAAUGCAUUAAGGAAAUCAAAUCAAGCAAUCUAAAAGUCAAAGAACUUCAAAGUUAUAAUAUAGAUCAAAUAAGAAUUACCCUGAAGAAGAUUGAUAAUAAAUUAAAGAAUCACAACCCAACACAAACAAAAUUAACUGGAGUAACAAGGAUAUCACCAGAAUCCACAGAAUUGAACCAAGUGAAGAGUUCUAAUUCCCAAUUAGAUAAUACAGAGUCUCAUCCAAGUAUUAAUUAUUUUAAUGAUGCAUCUAAAGACAUUUAUAGAGAGGAUGAAAGUAUGUAUUUAUUAAUUUUGAAACAGUUGAAUUGA